AUGGCCACCAACGGGCUAUCCGAGGGCGGCAUGGCCGACAUCAUACGAGCCCUGGAACUCUCCCACGACCCCACGUCAUCAAAUGAACUGCGCAGGCAGGCUCUCCAUUUCCUGGAAUCGCAAAAACAGGGGGAUGCGGCCGCUCGUAAUGGAUUCCUGCUGGCGUCGCAGGCGGAUAAUUCGCCCUUGGUCAGGCAUUUCGGCCUGUCCCUUCUGGACCAUGUCCUGUGCCACACCGGUUUCAUGCUUUCUAGUGAGCAGAUCUCCGAGCUCAAGGACAUGGUGCUGCAGCUGGCGGAAUCCAUCCGGCCGGAAGAUCCAAACUACUAUCGCAACAAGAUCGCGCAGCUGUGGGCGGAGGUUGCGAAGCGGAGCUGGGGGAUCGACUGGCUGGGCAUGGACGAGUCCUUAGUCAAGCUCUGGAACGCGAGCGUGCUGCACAAGGAGUUUGUUCUCACCGUGCUGGAAACGCUGUCGGAGGAUAUCUUCUACCGCGAAGAUACCGUGUCAUCUCUGCGAGGGACCGAUCUGAACAGAGCCCUGGUCGAGAUUUUCACCCCGCUGUCCGUCUUCGAAGAAGUCUAUCCGGAGAGAGACCAUCGGGUUGAGCUUCGAUGUGGGAAUGAAGGCUGGCUCAGCAGAACAUGCGAUUUCUUAAACAGCUGCCUCGAGAAUCUGCAAACGUCACGCGAGGCGAAGGAGUGUUCGUUGAAGGCUCUUGCCGUCCUGAGAUCGGUCCUGGUCUGGUCCAUUCCAAAGGCUGUUAUCGCCUGUCAUGCGGUCGCAACUCUCUGUCGUACAUUGACAACGCAGAUUGACCAAGUUCUUCUGGCUGCGGUGGAGGCCCUCCAUUCCUUGUACAGUAGAUCCAGCUAUGAGAUCGAUGAAUUUCAACCGUUGAUACUCUUAAUGUAUCAGACAGAUCAUCUUACACUGUUUCGGAAGCUGUUUGAAUGGUCUAAUGUUGAAGCCACUGACAUCGACGAGACGAGAUAUGCAGUCGCCAAAAAGUUGUCAGAGACUCCAGUUAAGCUAAAAGAGGGCGCAUAUGGGAUCGAUAUGCCUCUAUUUUUUCAAUUCCUGCUCGAGAUCCUUCGGCACCAAAGCUUGACAGUGUCGAUUCCGGUGCUUCAUUCCUGGUCUCGACUUCUGGUGUCGGAGAGAAUCGGCGACAUGGAAGUGGUCACAGGUCUAAUCGCACCCUUGUUGGAGAUUUGCACGCAGCGGCUUGUGCGGUGGGAGUCCCUGCCGGAAGAUUCGGAGGAUCCGACUGUGCUUUUCCUAAAUGAAGAUAUCGAUACGAUACCGGAGCGGCAUGCUUUCGUGGGAAAUUAUCGCCGAUACUGCUCUGCGGUCAUUGAGAUAAUAGUUCAGAAACGACCGCACGAUGCUAUUCCUCAUAUCCUCGCCGGGGUUGACCAGAUCUUGAAUAAUUUAUACAGUGGAGUCCAGCCAUUUAGCGUUGAGUCCUUUAAGAAAUCAUCGAUCCCUCUCAUGCGUGCGGACACACAAUUUUCUGUGGUAGAGGCGACCUUAAAGGGCUACAAUAAAUGGGUAACAGUACAUGGGCGGAUGCCUCAACAAGAUGAGCAUCAACGGAGAGAAUUAGAGAAUAUUUUGGAAACUUGGGCUCUGAGCCUGAUGCAGAGAACCUUCGAGGAUCCAGUGAUAAAACAGAGAGUCAUCAGACUCAUUGUGGAUAUCUCAUCGAGAGCCCUUGACAAAUCAUCGAGUUUUGCGCUCAAAGUCCUGGAGCAUAUAUUGAUGACGCACGUCGAAGACCAGCCGCAGUAUCCAGCAUACUCAGAGGCCGUGAAGGAAUUGAAUAGUCUUGCGAGUCACGAGUUGCGCCGACUUUCAAUGCGUUAUGCGGAUUACUUCUUUACGUUUUACGAUGUGCUGGAGCCCAAAAUCAGGGAGAUUGCUGCUGCGCAUCAGACGGACGAUAAACUCCAGACGGAGUUGAAUUCGGUGUUACUGAUCAUAACACAACGGGCGAGCAAUGUCGAUCCUUACAUCCGUGAGACGCGGCUACAAGCGUUUGUUGAGCCAAUUAGACAGGCGUGGCAGAAUGAGGAAUUCAAGAGAAUAUCCUCUUCCUUUAGUGGAUUCUGCCAAAUGCUUGGCGUAGAGAGAGUCGGGCCGUAUAUGCAAGCCAAACAGGCGCAUAAAAUAGAGGAUUGGUCGACGGUUCCCUUGGAUGAGGAAGGAAAGAGAAUCCAGGAAGAAAUGUCGGCCAAGUUUCAGCUGCUUCCUUUGCGUGCGACGAAAACGCUGCUUGCGGUAUCGACGGAAAAGCUCAAACGAACUGAGCCGGCAUACGAACUGGCGUGCGGUCUCUGGCGUGAUAUCAUCCCAACGAUCCUUCCGACGUUAUUGCAGCUCGUCAGUCACGCCCAUGCCUUCCACAAUCCGGCGAACUGGGGCGAUCUCUCGGAUGACAUGCAAGCCGUCGUGGGACGGAUUUUGACAGACCGAUUUUGGCAAGCGGGCAUUUCGUCUGGGAGCCGAGAUGACUUCUACGCCAAAAUCGCAGAGUCAAGGUCCAGUCUCGAAGGGUUUGCAUCGUCAGUCCGCGGCAAGGUGAGAGCCGUGCGGGAGACGUGCUACUCGAUGCUCUUCAGCAUGAGCCGACUCCGCGAAUACUUCUACGGAUUCGAAGAGCUCCCGGUGCCGCUGUCCGAAGCGCUGUUUAAGGACUCGACGCAUCUCUCGUCGCAUCAAUUCUCCAUCCUCUUGAAUAUUUCCCGCUGCCUGAUCGACGAUUGCCCAGUGCGGUUUCGAAGUCAGUUCCUGCCUCCUAUGCUCUCGACUCUGUUCACGCAGAUCGAUAAAAAGGUCACGAAUGAGUGGGACAGCAUCGAACGGCGGAAGGCAGGCCUUGUCGAUGGUGACCUGACGGAGGAGAUGAAAGAUGAGAGCAUCCUUCGCCAAUUGACGUAUUCUGCGGUGGUCAUGGUAGCGAGCCUGCUUGAUCCUCAAAGAGGGGAUCCGGAUGAAGCAGAAACCUCUGAUCCCAGCGUGCCACCACCACCGCCCUCUCUUUCCGACUCCAUGCGUCAUUUUGUGCUCUCUAACCCACCGAUCCUGGAACCCGUGAUCCUUUUCUGUACGCAUGUCCUCCGCAUGCGGGACACGCGAUGCUGCAGCAUCAUCACGCGGGUCAUCCGCUCGAUCCUGCAGGACUUUGCACCUCCCCUCAACACGCCCACGGCGGUGACGAUCCGGGAGUUUAUCUCCUCCGAAGUGCUCAGAGCAUGCAUCACGUCCGUCCACGAGCCGUACUUUGUCGACAUGCAGAAGGACCUCGCGCAGCUGAUCUCCUCCAUCUGGAUCCUCUACGGGCCCAGCACCUCCACGCCGCGCUCCGUGAUGCUCAGUCUGCCGGGCAUGUCCGAGGCGCGCGUCGCCAACACGGAAAUCGCGCUGAUGCGCUCGACCUCCGCCCGGCAGCAGCGCGCCCUGAUCCUGGAUCUCCUGGACGGCCUCCGCGGCGUCAGCAUCGCCGAACAGGGCAAGAUCCUGGGCAGUCGCGAGGAGCGCCGCAAGGCCCGCAGCGCGAUGCAGGCGCGCUACAUGACGAACGAGAUGGAAGGGCAGGAGAAGACGGGCCCCAGCAAGGUCGAUAUCGACGACGGGCCGGAUCUGGGUGGUGUGGCGGAUAUGUUUGGUUAG